UCCGAUUGCGUGCAUGUGUAUACUCCAACUGCAAAAUUUGUUUACAACUUCAGUGUUUUUGUUUGUUGUCGCUAUUAUUCGUUGUUAGUGUUGACAUUGAUGCUUUUCUCGAGUGUUCGUUCGGUAAUGGUUCUUCCAAUCUGCCCUCACUUAUCUCAGAGGUAAUAAAAUGCGCACACCAGAUAAAGUGAGUCUUUCACAAAAAUAAAUUGAUUUCGCAUGGCUGUCGCUUUGCUCGCGAGAGCGAAAGGCUCAAAGUAGUCCUGCGAUAUAGUUUUUUAUUGAUACAUAAGGAGAAAGAAUCCUGAAGGGCCGGCACGAUGAAUGUCUUGUGCGCGAUCUGUCAAGACCUCCUGGUUCCUUCGAACGACAUCUUCAUGACACCCUGCGGACACGUCUUUCACUUUCCCUGUCUCAUGCAGUGGCUUGAAAAGAACCCUAGCUGUCCGGAAUGUAGACAAAGAGUGCUGCGCAACAAGAUCACUAGGAUUUAUUUCAACUUUACUACCGCUGAGGAUGUCAAAGAAGAUUCUGUUGCUCUACAACAGAAGGUGGAUGGUCUUGUGUUCAAAGUUAAACUGAAGGAAACGGAAAACAGGAACUAUAUAAACAAAAACGCCGAACUAAACAAACAAAUUCUGGGCCUCAAAGAAGAGAACAAAAAAAUUGAGUCUCAGUUAAGGGAUAAGAAAGCUAUCAUUCGUGGAUUAAAAGAUGAAUCUUCACAUUUUCAGGAGAGAUGUAAGGAUUACGAAAAGCUUAAGAACGAUAAAGAAAAGUUGUCAAAAGAAAUAGGGAUGUACGAAUGUGUAAAGAAAUUAGUACGUGAAAGUGAGCAGGAUGUAAGCGAAAUGGUGAAUGAAAUUGAAGAAGCAUCGACUCUCAAGACUUACGUUUCUGUUUUGAAAAAGCAAUUAGUCGAAAGUAUGGCAAAAAUAAAAUAUUUAAGGGCAAGAAGUCGAAAAUUAGAGCAAACUGUGCAAACUGUAAGGAUGGAAAAAACAUCGAUUACCAGUAAUUAUUUGAAACAAAUUGAAGAAUUACAAGAGGCACUAGCUCUUUCGAUUAGUGAAUUUGACGAAUUGAAAAAAAAAUAUAAUGAAAUGAAGAGCGGAACUAAUGAAAUAGACAAAGCUUCAACAGAAGAAUCACAGUCUUGUUCGAAAAUUGCAGAGUCUCGCAAACGUGGAGUAGAUGACAAAUUGGAUCUUAAUACAACUGUGCCUCCAAAAAAACUUAAAGAAUCAUUUGAGCACCUACAUCAUAUUACUUUAGAAGACAGUGAUGACCCUGAUAUUUCAUUUUCUUCGUCAGUACCAGUACCUGUACAAGUAAAAAAAUCCAAAGAAAAUGAAGAAAACUCCCCGUACCUGCCUACAAAAUCAAGAAACGUUCUGUCUGUAAAAGACAAAGAUUCGCAAGUGGGCACAUUUUCCCUCAAGCCGUUAGUAUGGUCUUCAAAGAAGCUUGGUUCGACUUUUAAGAAUUCUGGAAGACAAGACAAGUCCAUUGCAUUUGACGGUUUUGGAGGUCAUUCGAAGCAAGAAACAUUUCCAGUUCCGAAAACUUCACCGAGUAAAUUAAAAAGACCUGCGAGUGAUUCUUUGAAAACCAAAAAAAUAAAACUGGAUCUCGCUAACAACAGACACAUGGACAGUUUUGUUAUUAACUUAACAUGAGAUAUAACUCGUAUGAAUUACAUUAAGAGAGGAUGGAAUAAUUCAACUAUUUUUGUAAGUGAAAAAAACUACUCUUCUCCUAGAUUACCCGUGAUCUUGGCUCCAUUUUAUAUGAAGACUGCUUUUUUGUGACAAAACUUUUUAUUCGUAUUGGUUAUUUAUUGGUAUAGUUAUUAUGUGCGAUCAACUUAUUGUGAACGUAAAAAAGUGCAUAGAAUUUGCAAAUUGUUUAAUACGACGUGUUUUUUUACUCAUGUUACCCUUGGUAAAGUACAAUAUUAUGAUACAUGUAUAUACAGUUUAGUCAAAUAUGCAUACCGAUUCGUGGCAUUGAACUUGCGUUAUUUAUAUUUCUGUUGAAAAUGUUUAAUUUCGAGUUGCAAAAUUUAAAUUUUCAAAUGUUAUUUAGUACCGCUGCGUAGGCAACAAGGAAUGAAAAUAAAUAUAAAAAGCACGAUCCAAUAGAUAAAAAAAAAAAUUAGGGCUUCUUACGAGUUAUUGAUGAAUGCACUAUCGUUUUGCAAUAUUUUCCACAGUAUAUUCCCGUAAAUCAAGUUCAACUUGCAGCUGACCCGUGACGUUCCGUGAUUAUGUCUGCAAAAAUUUUAAGAUUGCAACAUAAUUUGUACUCUGUUAAACAAAGUAUACAUACUGCGAACUAUUUUAUAAAAAAGUGAAGGAUAUUGUAGAUACCCAGAAUCAUGUAAUUGUAAUUAUAUAUAUUAUAUGCGCGACUAAGACUAAUCACUAUCGAGUGACCGAAACUUUUCCAAGAAAAGAAUAUCUCGCGCGUUAUCUCUCCAGUCGUUUUUAUUUUGGAGAAAAACAUUUGUGCAUAUUUUUUUAUAGGUAUUUCUUGUUGAACCAAAAAAUAAUGUUUUUUUUUUCCAUCAAUAAAUGUACAAAAAUACAACGAA